CCGCGCUCGCAUUCUGUAAUGUCGUUCCCAUUUUUAAAGAGGGCGUGAACACAAAAAAAUCUAAAUUCCAUGAUUUUGGCCACCUGGACCAAAUUUACACUCGCUGUAUUAUUGCCCGAUUUUUGUUUAAAAUCAGAGUUGAAAAUUUCAGGAAAUAUUUAUGAAUUUCAGGAAAUUUGGGAUUCAGUUUCGGGAAAUUUAUUUUGGAGCUGUGGAAACACUGAGCUAACCGCCACCGUUAUACUAGAUACACAAACCAGAAUAGCGGCAAAUUUAACGGGAAUCAUGCAACAAAUUUCGUCUCGAUUUCGAAGAUAAAUUUAGGAUGAAAAUUCUCCUUGCAUGGAUGUACAUUAUUUCAAGGAAGCUCUGAUAUGGAAUUUUGAGUCAGCAUGACAAGUGAUGACAUUCACCCGUCUAAAUCAUUUUCGACUAAGAAGAUCAAGGCACUUUUGAAGCGUAUGACAGAAUAUCAAGUUGCACAACAAGAGUUGUUUGAAGAAGUAAAGAAAGAGGCUAGUAGUCUCAUAGAAUCUAAUGAAAAACUGAGAUCAACGGCAAACGAGAAUGCAAGACUGGUCACUCAUACUCAAAAUCGUUGCAGAGAAUUUAAGCACGAGAACCAAGCUUUAAAACACGAGUUAGCUGUCAUCAAGACCUACAGGCAACAUGAGACACAGAGUGCUGAAUCUGAUGAUGCAAGCACCAGACUUAAGAGAAAGGAAGAUGUUUCCAUUGGUGAUCAACAACCUGAGAAAGUAGAGAGAAAGGGCCUUAAACUGUCCACCAACAAACAAAAGAAGAAGGUUCGUUACCAGAAGCUUCCUGAUGAGGAGAAGAAGAGUCCAGUUCUACUUAUUACAGGUGGGAGAAUGAACCAAGACCCCGAAGCAGACCAUCCAAUACUUGAAGAGGAGGAGAGAGGAAGGUGUCCUCAAACUGCCAAUCGUCAACCAUCAAAAGGGGACUCGCCACCUGAUCGAUGGAUUGGUAGUGUCUUUGUUGCAGAAACAGUCCCACUUGACGUAGAAAGUGACAGUGAUGAUGGUGAGGAUACAGAGGAAGGGAAUGGAGUCCUCAAGAAGGGUCAAUGCAGGGAAGUUGGUGAAGGUGGCGGAGGGUACAGGAUGUCCAGGAAUCUCCGAAAGCACCGUAGACACAGAUAUGCCAUAGACCAACAUGUGGUUAUCCCUGAGACAGUACCAAUGGACUGUGUCUCAUACUCUCCUUCUGGCGAUUCUCUGCCUGAAGACGUGCUGAUGGGUGAUGGAAGGGAACAUCUCUUACCGCUUGAACAAUCCACACCCAUGCUUCCAACUCUGCCAAGUGAUUCCUCAAGGAGAAGAGCAAUCAACUCAAGGAGUUCAGCAUCUCCUGUUUGUUGGGAUGGGAAGAGCAGUAAGAAAAGCAAGAUUCCACCAACAGAGUCGCAGCUUUCUGUUGACUUUUCCACCACACAGAUGUCCCCAACUUUUGAUGGAAGCAGGUCUACUCCUGAUAAGAAGGAAAGUGAUGUCCAUUCCAGAUCAAAGCAACAGUUUCAUCCAAAGAAAACGGUUGCAAGCAACAAAAUUUCAAUAGGUAACAUUCCCAUGACUCCAGAAAACUUUCAUUCCAAUGGCAAAGUGAAAACAUCCGGGGCAAAAACUCCUGGUUUGGCUACCCCAGAGGAUGCCGAUCAUGCAAAAAGUAGCCAUAUAGUUACCCCAGACUAUGAUGAAAGUGGACAAUCAGAGGCCUCCUUUCUGAUUCUGCAACAGCCUCCGAGUUUGCGGGGAUCAUCACAAGUAAGAUCAUCAGGAGGGCUACUAAUAGAGGAUGUUGUUCAGCCUAUAAUUCAGAGGAAAUCUCCCACAGAUAGUGACGCUGAACAGAGGAAAAAAAGAAAACUGUCUGAUGAAUGCAUGAAUGAAAUAGCAAGCAAGAAGACAAAGACAAUAAGACUAGAUCUUCCUUCUGGUAGUAGUAAGAGAGACGAAUAUAAGUUCAGCAAUAGAGGUGGAAGAGAGGAAAAAUGCAGUGCCAAGUCAGAAAGUUCAGAACCUUCGGAAAAGUGGUCUAGCGCAGAAGCCCCUGUGCGUAAAUCACAUCACUCUGAAGAGACAAGGUCAUCUCAGGUAACCAGAGAUCAUUCCAUUUCAUUGAAACAGACAACGUUGACAAAGGACUCAUUCAAAGCAGUUAUCACUGAAGACGGUCAGAGACUCAAGAAACUCAACGGUGGGGCGCGUGUGUAUGUUGAUUCUCAGAAUGAUCCCUAUAUGCAACAAGCGAUUCAGGAAUCUAUCGAAGUCCAGAAAGAACUCAACCACACUGAGAGUACAGGGAGUUUUGAUUUCAAGGUGCCAAAACCGCCAAAGGCACAGGAGUGUGAUCAUAAUUUAAAAGGAACCUCUUCUGGGGCUUCUAGUAGGCGACACCAUCAAGAGGAUGCUGAUAUUGUUGUAUUAGUAGAGGAAAGAGAAGAUGCUUCUUCUGCAGGAAGAGACAACCCUGAUGAUGACUAUGGUGAAGAUCUGAAUGGAAGCAUUGAUCCAGCUGUCCGAUUUAGUUUUAUUGGCAGUGAAACAGAUGUGGACCCUGGUGAUGAAGAAAUGGAGCCAAUUGAAGCAAGAAGAGCAGAUGCUUCUCGAAACCUUAGGAAACCUCUUGACAUCUCAAAGGCAGCUCAACAUAGAGACAGAACUAAUCUGCAUCAGGAAUACUAUGACAAUGUGGAAGGAGGCAGAUCGAAUAACAAACACAAACUCCUUGUGGAAGACAGCUUUGAUGAUAUGUUUGCAGAUGAUGAUCAUGACAGCAGCAAUGACGACGAUGACCUUCAUGGCAGUCACAGAGCUUACGACAGACAGGAUCAAGAUAUUGAGGUUGUGGAAGACAAUGGUCCUGCAGCAGGCGACAUCAAUGAGACACCUGUCCAAAGAAGGACUGGAUGUGAAGAUGGCUCUCUACCUGAUCCUGGUCUUGAUCCUGGGAUCAGACAGCGAGAGGAGACUGAUGAGAUGGUGUCCUCUUUUGCGAGAGAGUUUGACUGUCCUCCACAGAAAGAUGAUAUUCCAGCUUACAAAUUCAAGGAUGUCGUAAGGAAGAGAGAUGAGAGACAGAAGCUGAAAGGAUAUGGAUGUCAGGAAUGCCUUGAGGUGUGUACCGUAUCAUUAACCUUAACUUACCGGGGGGGGGCUUUUAGCCCCCCUUCGAAAUAUCCGUUGCGUGAAAUUCUUUGACCGCGCAGCUCGCUGACUUUUUACCUUCAAGUCUCGUGCAACUUUCGAGACCAAAUUUGUGAUGCCUAGCGGUUACGAAAUUGCGCAACAUUAUUUAAAGGGCAUGUCAGACCAAAAUUGCUCAAAAAUGUAUAUAUCAUGUAGGCCUACAAAGUCAAUACAAAAUCUGUUUCAUCUAAAAUUCAUAAAUGAGUGAUAAUUUUCACUUUCAUUGAGAACAGUCAUUUGAUGUGAUGCUAUUUAUGACUGAAGUAAUGUCCCCGAUGAAUUUUCUAUU